UCCCCCCGGUCGUGCCAUGCGCACUGACGGUUGUUGUUGUUGAGCUGGUUGUUAUGGCUGGACGAGGCCUCGGACUAAACUGAGAGAGGACCCCGCACCACCCCCACCCCGUCUCCGUUACGGGACACCCGCCACCCCAUGGAGGGCACGGACAUGGACGUGGACGCGGAGCUCAUGCAGAAGUUCAGCUGCAUGGGCACGACGGACAAGGACGUCCUCAUCUCGGAGUUUCAGAGGCUGCUGGGCUUUCAGCUCAACCCAGCCGGCUGCGCCUUCUUCCUGGACAUGACCAACUGGAAUCUUCAGGCUGCCAUCGGUGCAUAUUACGACUUUGAAAGUCCCAAUAUCAACACGCCAUCCAUGUCCUUCGUUGAAGAUGUGACAAUUGGGGAAGGAGAGUCUGUUCCUCCAGAUACACCGUUCACAAAGACCUGGAGAAUACAAAACACAGGUGCAGAGUCGUGGCCUCCUGGGGUUUGUCUAAAGUAUAUCGGUGGGGAUCAGUUUGGUCAUGUAAACACAGUUAUGGUGAAGUCUCUUGACCCCCAAGAAAUAUCAGACGUCAGCGUGCAGAUGCGAAGUCCCACAACUCCAGGCAUGUACCAGGGCCAGUGGAGGAUGUGUACAGCCACCGGAUUAUUCUAUGGAGAUGUAAUCUGGGUGAUCCUUAGUGUAGAAGUUGGAGGUCUCCUCGGCGUGACCCAGCAGCUGUCCUCCUUCGAGACAGAAUUCAACACCCAACCCCAGCGCAAUGUGCAGGGAGACUUCAACCCCUUUGCCUCGCCACAGAAGAACAAGCACGACGCGACUGACAGCUUCAGAGAUCCCAGUGGAGCCUGGGAACGCACACAAGAGCCAAUCCAGCAAGAUCAAAACGGACUGUCUCAUAAUGCUGUAAAUAGGUCGUCAAAUGGUCUCCAAACCAAUCUCUCUGUGGUAACUUAUGGUCAGGGUAUUCAUGGACCCUAUCCAUUUGGACAGAGCUAGAAUGACAAAGACCCCCCCUCCCCCCAAUUUGGAAGAUGAGCAUUACACCCUGGGAGUCCUUAAAUGCAGAGGAGUUGGAGGGGGGGGGGAGGAACAGUUGUUUUAUAUUGACUCAUGACAACCCUCUCCCCAACCCAUGACCCUUUCCACAGAAACACAAACAGUGAGGUGAUGGAUUACAUCAGCUACAAUGAAACAUCCCACCUGACAUCAACAACCUGGAUUCGCAUGUGUAAAUGCUUCAUUUAAGAGUGCUAUAAACCCUUAAAAAAUAGA